CAACACCAAGCUACAACUUGAACUUCACACUUAAUUCUUUUUUUCUUCUCAUUCUCUUUUAUUCCGAUAGCCCUGGCGGCGUUUUCUUACCAUUCCUAUUCAUUAAUCAAUAUAUAAGCCGCCAGAAUGCGCUACUCACUCAUAACCGCCUCUGGCUUACUCGCCGCCGUUUCCGGACAUGGCCUCGUAACAUCAAUCAAGGGAGCUAAUGGAGUGACAAUGCCCGGCCUUAGUGUUGCCGAUGGCACACCACGAGACUGCACCACCAACGCAUGCGGCUCACAAGCCGACACCGCCAUCAUCAGGGACCGCGAGAUCAGCAGCGGCAAGGCCUCUCCUCUCGGCCGAACCCAAGGCAACGGCCCCAUCGACGCGGCCACAAUGAUCCAGAACUUCAUGGGCGGCCAAGCUGCCCCGACCAACAACGGCUCGGCCGAUUCGGUCGGUGUCGAAGACCAGAUCCCGGCAAACGCGGGCAAGCGAAGCAACCUCUUCAUCCGCGGGCUCGGAGACUUGCUCGGGGGCCUCACCGGCAAGAACGGAGGCACGAAGACCCAGACGGCCCAAGAAACAUCGGUCGCCGCCAGCGCCGGUCAGGGCGCUACCUCCGGCCUGCCCACCUCGGCGGACGAUGGGUCGGUCACUAUGACGUUCCGACAGAUCAACCAGGACGGCGCCGGGCCCAUAGAGGCCGCCGUGGAUGGGACUUCGGGUGGUACGCAGGAAGACGCAUUCAAGACGGCUGACGUCACGCAAGACGUGCCCGGCUCGGGGCUCCUGGGACUGUCCCUAGCCACUAACACGGACUUCCCAUUGACCGUGCAGAUGCCUGCGGGCAUGACUUGCGACGCAACUGUCGGCGGCGCCAGCAACGUUUGCGUCGUGCGAGUCCGGAAUAACGCCAUCGCCGGGCCGUUCGGCGGGUCUGCGGCUUUCACCCAGUCCCCUGCUGCGCGCAAGCGUGCUUUGAACUACCGCAUGAAGAUGAAGCGUCAGACAGAGCAGAACCGCCGCCUUAGGAAGUAAGGGCAGUCUUGCACUAUAGGACGAAGGUUACGAAGGCGUUGGGACUCGACGGGUCGAGAAUGAAUAUUUGGGUCCAUAGUUAUACCUUGUGUGUUUGCUAAUAGAGAAUUCUGGUGAUUCUUCAA